GCUGUGAAGUGGAGUGGGUGCUGGGGGAUCUGUGCCUCUGCCAAGAGCUGAGAGGGGUAUGCGCACAAGUUUGGAAGGCAAGCUAUGGAUGCAGUGACCUAUGAUGAUGUGCACAUACACUUCACUCAGGAAGAGUGGGUCUUGUUGGAUCUUUCUCAGAAGAGGCUCUACAUAGAUGUUCUUCUGGAGACCUGCAGACACCUCACUGCUAUAGGAUACAAAUGGAAAGAACACAAUAUUGAAGAACAUUGUCAAAAUUCUAGAAUACAUGAAAGGUAA